AAUGCAUACUCGGUAAUCCUCAGCUUCCGGCAUUUGACGAUUUGUAGGAUAAAAAGAUGGGGUUUUACAAGUUCUUCGUGUACGUCAUUUUCUUGUACUUAGUUUCUGCGAAAACUGCAGACAAGGAAACAAAACUUACACCAGCGGGCCUUUGUGCGGGGUGCCAAGCCACUGUGAAAGAGUUAUCAAGGGUUCUGAAGCAUACGACCAAUGAUCCAAUCAGCAAACGAGUUCCUAAAUUGAUGUCAACUGUCUGCAAGAAAGAAAACUUCAAACAUUAUGAAAUCACACCAUCAGUCAUUGAAGAGUCCUGCAAAUUGAUGAUGAAGAACAACGGCACAGCUAUAGAAGCUACCUUAGUUAAUUACUACAAUGCCAAGAGUCGUCAAGGCCACUCCUACUUGGAUAUAGUUCAAACAAUCUGCAGUGAAGUCACCAAAUCUUGCCCUGGUGGCAUAGACAAUUUCAAGGAUAAGCCAAAACAGGGAGGAAUUGUAUAUAACAGGGAAACAGAUACUUUUGAUGUCAUACCAGGGGAGAAUGUGAAGAUGGUGAGACCUUCCAAGCAGACACACGAAGAACUGUAGAAACACAAGACACUGAACGAAAUUUUGGAGAGAGAAAAUUCCAUAGAUGAAUUUGAUAGAAAUAGUACCAUUUAACUUCUGUGAUAUUUCUUUAUGUGUAUUGCACAAAAUUUAAAAAGAGAAAGGGGUUAAAAAUUACGCUUUUUAAGAAAUGGUAGGAAAAUAAUUUGUUUUGAAAUGCAUCACUUCAAAAUUAAAACUUGGUGUAUUUUGUGCAAGAAUCUGAAUGCAAAUUUUGUUAUUCUCACUUCUAUCAAGAGGACAUAGAAUCAGAAUUGUGGCAUCAUAACAUGGAUGUUUUGUCAUCAUUUUUAUGUGGUGUUUCUUUGUUUUUUUUUUUGUUUUUUUGUUUUACAUAAAAUUGCUAUUUUCAUGUAGUCUCUCUUCUAGAAAACAUAGAGUGCAUGCUUGGACAAACUUUUUUAUUUGCACCAUAGAUUUACCCUUCCAGUACGUACAUGUGAUAUCAAAAUAUCUGCACUCUAUAUUUUCUAAAACAAAAAUUGUCACGAAAAAUAGCAUUUGGAUUAAAUUUGAGUAAGAUUGAAAAUUUGCAUCUUUUUUUUUUUAAUGUGAUCUUUUCUAAAUGACUGUAAACAUCAAAGACAAAUUAUAUGCAACUGUAUUGGAUAUGGUCUGGUUUAGGAAAUACAAGAAGAUUUAGUCUUUCUUUAAAACUUUGAAAUUUUGAUUUUGACAGGGGGUCCAAAAAGGCCUUUAUUGUACAUAGUCCUUUAACUUCAACUACAAAGUUAGGGUUGAAGGGAGGGGGGGGGGGGGGGGAGGGGGGGGGGGUUGGAAUUGUCAUGUCUGUUACAGGAGAUGCAUUUAGGUGUGUUUCUCUCCUUACGACAUAGAAGUACAAAUCAAACAAACUGCUGCAGCUGAGGUACAUUUGUGCUUCAAUGACAGGAUCAAGGACAGCAUUUAGAUCCAUUCUCACCAUCAGAAAAGUGCAAUGCAAACAAAACUUUCUCAUAUUCACACAUCAUGGGAUGCUUAUAUUCUAAAUCAUGGUUCCUGCAUCCGACCUACAUUUUGUGCUUUGGCGACUCAGGGUAAGGAUUGUAUUUUGGUCUUUUCCUAACUUAUCACAAAUGUUAUAACAAAACUCAUCCAUGGCUACAGGUGCUCUGUUCAAGGCAUUUUAAAUUAAAUCUAUUACCAUAGUUUUGAAGAUUUAAAACAAAGGUGUCUUUGAUUUGGUGUUUGUGUCCAAUAAUUCACGAUAUUGCAAGGGUGUAAAAAAGCAUUGGGAGUGUAAAAUUUGGGUUUGAGCAAUAAUUUUGCAAAAUGAGUAUUGUAGCUUUACAUGGUUACAUCGGGGAUUAUUUAGAAAGGAUAGGGUGUUUAAAUACACCCAGUGUUAGGUGUGUCCAGUGGGGGUUAUUCGUUUUGUUAGUUUUAGGUUAUUCAGUGUUCCUUGAAUGCACCGUUAACAUGCACAAAGAGGUAGAAAUUUAGAGAAAUGUAGUUUCCUUGCAGUGAAUUUCAAAUAUGUUAACUAUAUUGCAGUAUUUAAAAAUGUAUACAAUCUGUGUGAUAUCGCAAUUUAAUUAAAAUUUCUCUAACCGUUGCAGUAUAACGGUUAGAUUGUGUAUUAUUGCAAUAUUUUUUCAAAAGAUUAUGAAUUAAACAGAAAAUUUUGGAAGAGUUUUAGAGUCUUUUAAUCUUUUCCCUUAAUAAUGAUUAGGCCUAUUUCAGAUGAACAUGGAUAAUAAUUGAAAUAUGAAUAGCAAUGACGAAUGCCAUUCGAGGUAACACAUAUGCCUUGGAACAGUUGUUUUGUGUACUGCUUGUGAAUUGACCUCUUUAUGAAAAUGUAAUGAUACAUAAAUAUUUUUAACUUAUGCUUAUCUGAUUGUAUUUAUUUUGCAUAUUGUGUGUACUCUCUUGAUUCUGUGUGUUAUAUUGUAUUCAUUACAUAUAUUUUUAUAUAGUAUAUUUACAUCUCUGCUGUGAUAUAUAAUUCUACAAUAAACUUUUUAGCUCACUUAUGUUGUAGACUCAACUGAGCUUUUCUGAUCAAAAUUAGUCCAUCAUCUGUUCUUGUCCACUCUUCCCAUUUUUUAUUAAACCAAACAUGACACAGAAUAUCCUUGGUUGAAGGAGAUUCAUAUUUAUUCAAAUGAAGAACUGUAGCUUUCUGGGGAAAAGAAUAGGGUAUACCAGAGGUGUUUAUUUUUUGCUUGAGAACUACAGUUCUGCAGCAAGCCCUCCUCCAACAGGAGAUAAUUGGCAAUAGAAUGGCAUGUUUAAAAAAAUCAAUCCCUCCCAAAUGACUUGAUCAAAAAGCCAAAACUUGCUUGAAAAACUUUUCUGAUAUAUAUGUAAAAUGAAGAUUCAAAUUUGUUCAAACCAUGAUAUGCAUGGCCAUGGAAGGGACAAAGAGUUUAAAGUUAUACAUAGGAAUAUAUAAUUUCUGUUUACCUGAUUUAGACAGAGGGCUCAUGAUGGGUGUGACAGGACAACAGGGGAUGCUUACUCCCCCUAGGCAUCCUAUGGUGUUUCCAGGGGUCUAUGUUUGCCUGGAUUUCAAUUCUGUAUGGUUUUUAGGAUUUAAUUCACCUUUUUCAUAGGAUAAACCUAUGAAAAUAUAAUUUUCAAGAACAAGUGUACAAUCUGUCAAAUUGAUAUGUGUUUAUAGUGUAUAUUCAUUUUGUUUUAAAGCAGUUUUCAGAGUGGGGUCAUUAUUAUAAUUGGGGUUUGGUAUAGAAUUAUAAAGAAAAACGGAAAAUGAUUGAUCUUUACAAAAUAUGCUUCAAGAUCAAGUAUUGCAAAAAUUGUUGAAUUAGUAUUCAGGCAUCCAUUGACUAGCAUAGAUUCAGUUUUGUUUGACCCCGGGGCCAGGGAUUGGUCUUGAUAGCAGGUUACAGUGAGUGUAUUUGAUCUGUAAAAUUUUCAGAAGUAAAUUUGUGAAAUUCCUGGGAUCAAGCAGACCACAAUUAGGUUUAACAUUAUGCAAACAUACUGGAUGUACAGCUUUAAAUUCACUCCUGGUUAUUUUCAUGAUUUCUUAUCAAAAUCUAUUUUCACAGUGUUCAAUUCACAGGUUUCAUGUUCAUAUAAUUUUCUCUGCUGUUUUAAUUUCUUCAGGUUUUUUUUUUUUUUUUUUUUUUUGGUCUGAAGAGAAAUUUAAAACUUGAAAAUAAACAUGAAAAUAAAGAUUACAAGUAUACAUGUAUGAUGAGUGUGAUUUGGGUGAGCAUUGUAAUCUAUGAUGAUCUCUUACUUGUUUAGUUUUUCCAUUUUUGCAUAGAUUGUAGAAUAAAGUUUGAAAACAGCAAA